CAUCUGUGGCAACCAGGGCCAGGCGUCUGUCAGGUCGGGAGGACAAGGGCACGCGUGAGAGAGAGAGAGUAAGAGAAGAAGCAGCAGCUCAGAGAGGAAGUUAGGGAACUAUCGUGUCAUCAGCAUUACAGUCAAUCCAGCUGUCCGUCCUUAACGAAAACACGCAGUUGAGUUUCGGGGGAACAGAAAGUAUAACGGCACAAUGAUGAUGACCCAGGUGGAGACCACGGUACACUAUGAUAACGGCUAUGAGGAGGAGUACAUGCUCCAGGAGGAUGAGUGGGACAGGGACAUGUUACUGGACCCUGCCUGGGAACAACAGCAGAGGAAAACCUUCACAGCCUGGUGUAACUCCCACCUGAGGAAAGCUGGUACUCAAAUUGAAAAUAUUGAGGAGGACCUCAGGAAUGGACUCAAACUCAUGCUGCUUCUGGAAGUUAUCUCAGGAGAGAGGUUACCCAAGCCAGACAGAGGGAAGAUGCGGUUUCAUAAGAUUGCUAACGUCAACAAAGCGCUGGAGUUCAUCACGAGCAAAGGAGUGAAGCUGGUCUCCAUUGGAGCUGAAGAGAUUGUGGACGGUAAUGUGAAGAUGACUCUUGGAAUGAUCUGGACUAUCAUCCUCCGCUUCGCCAUUCAGGACAUUUCUGUAGAAGAAACAUCUGCCAAGGAAGGUCUUCUCCUGUGGUGUCAGAGAAAGACUGCCCCCUAUAGGAAUGUCAAUGUCCAAAACUUCCAUGUCAGCUGGAAGGAUGGCCUGGCCUUCUGCGCCCUGAUUCAUAGGCACAGACCCGACCUCCUCGACUACUCUAAGCUCAACAAGGAUGAUCCUCUGGGGAACCUGAACCUGGCUUUUGACAUAGCCGAGAAACACCUGGACAUUCCCAAAAUGCUGGACGCAGAAGAUAUCAUCAACACCCCCAAGCCUGAUGAACGAGCUAUCAUGACCUAUGUGUCCUGUUUUUACCAUGCUUUUGCUGGAGCUGAGCAGGCAGAGACGGCUGCCAACAGGAUCUGUAAGGUGCUUGGUGUAAACCAGGAGAAUGAGAAACUGAUGGAGGAGUAUGAGAGACUGGCCAGUGAGCUGCUUGAGUGGAUUCGCCGCACCACUCCCUGGCUGGAGAACCGAACCCCAGAGAAGACCAUGGCGGAGAUGCAGCGAAAGCUGGAGGACUUCAGGGACUACAGACGCCAGCACAAGCCCCCAAAGGUGCAGGAGAAGUGCCAGCUGGAAAUUAACUUCAACACCCUGCAGACCAAGUUGCGCAUCAGCAAUCGCCCUGCCUUCAUGCCCUCUGAGGGGAAGAUGGUAUCUGACAUAACCAGUGCAUGGCAGGGGCUGGAGCAGGCAGAGAAAGGCUACGAGGAGUGGCUCCUUACAGAGAUUCGUAGGUUGGAGAGGCUGGACCACCUGGCUGAAAAAUUUCGCCAAAAAGCCACCAAUCAUGAGAACUGGGCCAGCGGUAAAGAACUGAUCCUGUCCCAGAAGGACUAUGAAACAGCCACCCUGAUAGAAAUCAGAGCAUUGCUUCGAAAACACGAGGCCUUUGAGAGUGACUUGGCAGCCCACCAGGACAGAGUGGAGCAGAUUGCCGCCAUUGCACAGGAACUCAAUGAGCUGGACUACCAUGACGUGGCUGCUGUGAACCAGCGCUGCCAGAGCAUCUGUGACUUGUGGGACAAGCUGGGGACUCUGACUCAGAAGAGGAGAGAGGCGUUGGAGCGAACAGAUAAGCUGCUGGAGACUAUUGAUCAGUUGUUUGUGGAGUUUGCCAAGAGGUCAGCUCCUUUCAACAACUGGAUGGAAGGAGCCAUGGAGGAUCUGCAGGACAUGUUCAUAGUGCAUACUAUUGCAGAGGUCCAGAGUCUAAUCGCAGCUCAUGAGCAGUUCAAAGCUACUCUUCCCGAGGCAGAUGCAGAGAGACAGGCCAUCUUAGGAAUCCACAAUGAGGUGCAGAAAAUUUCUCAGAGCUAUGGGAUCAAGGCCAACAUUAUCAACCCGUACAGCACCCUCACAACUGAAGAGCUUCUCAACAAGUGGGAAAAGGUGAAGAUGCUUGUUCCUCAGAGAGAUGGUGCCCUUCAAGAGGAGAUGGCACAUCAGCAUGCCCAUGAAAGGCUGAGACGACAGUUUGCUGCCCAGGCUAAUCUCAUUGGACCCUGGAUACAAGCCAGGAUGGAGGAGAUUGGGCGCUUCUCCCUGGAGAUAGGAGGUACCCUGGAGGACCAGAUGACCCAGCUGAAGCAAUGUGAGCACGUCAUUGUUGCUUACAAGCCCAACAUCGACAGGUUGGAGGGAGACCACCAGCUUAUCCAAGAGUCCCUGGUGUUUGAUAACAAACACACCAACUACACUAUGGAGCAUAUCCGUGUCGGGUGGGAGCUGCUCCUCACAACCAUCGCCCGAACCAUCAACGAAAUUGAGACCCAGAUCUUGACCCGGGAUGCCAAAGGCAUCAGCCAGCAGCAGAUGAAUGAAUUCAGAUCCUCUUUCAAUCACUUUGACAGGAAGAAGAAUGGAGCAAUGGAAACUGAUGACUUCCGAGCCUGUCUCAUCUCUAUGGGUUAUGACUUGGGAGAGGUGGAGUUUGCCCGUAUAAUGAUCCUGGUGGACCCCAAUGGUACUGGAAACGUCUCCUUCCAGUCUUUCAUUGACUUUAUGACCAGAGAGACUGCUGACACGGACACUGCCGAUCAGGUUGUGGCAUCCUUCCGGAUCCUGGCAGCUGACAAGCCCUACAUACUAGUGGAGGAACUGAGGAGAGAACUUCCCCCUGAACAAGCAGAGUAUUGCAUCAUGAGGAUGCCGCCCUACACCGGCCAUGGAGCACCACCAGGAGCACUCGACUACACUGCCUUCUCCACUGCCCUCUAUGGAGAGAGCGACCUUUAACCGACUAGAAACCGCUUUCAUUUACUGACCAUUAGUGCCUAACAACCCCCUCCCUGCCUCCAUCUCAUGAUGAAUUUAAGGAAUCUAUACGAAAGUUGAAUCAAAUAUUUUGAAUUAAAUGUGUUUGUGACCAUACCCGGUUUUUGUAGUUUUCUGACAUUAGACUGUCUAUAAUCAUGCUGAGCAUUGUCAUUGUCUUGGUACUCUUCUCCUGUUCACUUGGAUAACAAUUGCCCCCUAUAUAAAUAGAAAUUGCCAUGUUCAAAUUGUGUGAAACAAGGCAUUGUACAUUUUGUCUUGUGUCUGGCAGAAAGUAUGCUUUUGUGAUGAAGGAAACACUAGAAGAGAAAUGUACAAAAACGCAGAUCACUUGGUAAUAUGUCAACAGAUCAUGGUGUUUCUGUAGUUCAUCAGUUGAAAAGGCCUGUUUUGUUGAGCAGUGUCAUGUUGUGUUUUCAUGUUUCUUCACAGUGCCUUUGUUUUGGUAAUACAAUCUUCUGAUUAGGCAUUUUGAGGUGCUUUAUAGUGAAUUGCAGUUUGCAAAAGCAAUUUUAGACCCACUGCCAUCCAACAAUAAACAUAGAAAAUGGGCCCCCAAAAGUACAUGUCUACAAUUGCUUAACGGUUUAAAAAGGCAGAUGAAUAAAUGUGCAAUACUCAUGAGUAUAGUGUUUUUAGAUUAAACAUUUUCUCAGGCAGUAACAAACACAUUAAUUCUUACAUGUGCCUCAAAAGUAGUAGAGUACAAUAAACUCCGAAAACCCUUCAAAUUGCAUUGGAGGUUACCUUUUUCCAUGUUUCUUUGUGUUCUAUGAGGUAGGCUGCACGAGAUAAAAAUGAUCUUGUCUGCAUUUGUGCUUUGUUUAUACAUGUGGGGAAGGUUUUGCCACUGUAUUGUGUGGGGUGAGGCUAUUGUAUGGCACACAUGACAUCUAGAGAUUACUCUAACAUACUUUAUUAAUUUGAUAAAUUAUAGCAUUUUUAUAUAGACAUUUUUCUAUUUUGUAUGCCUGCCAAAGUCAUUGUGCUGACAAUUUCUCCAACUUCCUCGAGAGACAUGUAAGCAUUUUUUUGCUUGUACCUGCCCAAAGUUUUGGCUUAAAAAGCAACUUCAUAUUUAGCCAUCUUUGUGUUGUAUGCCUUUAAUGUGCGUGCUGAAGUCGUUUCCCAAUUUUCCUUUGAUUUGACAUUUAAGACCUACUGUUAGUAGACAUAUGCGCUGAUUCCUUAUUUGUCUAUAUCAUUCAGCUGUUUUACUUGCAUAAAAUGAAGAAAUAGUACUUAAAUGUCCAUACUGUCAUACACAAAUUAAGUAUUUAAAUAAACCGUAGUGGCAAUGAUUUAACCAAAAUGUGCUGGUUAUGUACAUGCUCAUAAAACUUGAUGCAAACUCUGCAAAUUACUUUCUGCUAAAACAAUCAUGUAAUGCUCUUAAUGAAAAAGAAUGAUAAAUCAAGCAUUGUUGUGCUUGAUUUCACACCCAUUGACAAUUUGUGAACCAUACAAGAGUGCUAAAAUACUGUGGAAGUUAUCAAAGUGAUGGGAUUUUCUGUGAGCAGGAUCAUUGGCCACACAAACUGAACCCAAGGCUCUGGAACACAUUAUUCAUUUGAAAAUCAAUUUAGACUAGCAAGCAAUCCCAUUUAAAAGAAAAGUGUACUUUUACUGUACCAAAGAAACAUCACCUGAAACACCACUGAUCUCUAUAGGUCCAAGAGAUGUUUGUAUUUUUGAUGAAAGCUUUGAUUUGUUGUAUUUUGGAAGGGAAAUAAAGAUACUCAGGUAGUACUGACACUUCGAAGACA